CGCGGACUUCUCAAAACGCACGAAUUUUCGCCGGGAGACUCUACCUAAAACAGGGUAAAAUGGCUGGAAAAGCUGUCAAAUCUAUUUUGGAAUUAGGAGAGUUGUUGAAAUGCGGCGAUAAAGUGGAUGCUGCGUCAAAUAGCCACGUUUGGGGCGCUUUUAAUCGAAUUUUCAAAGUUUCAAUGAAGUCAAGUCAAAUGACGAUUCCAAAAUCGUUCGAGGCGAAACUCACGCGAUGGUUUCAUUUGCCCGGCGAUGUGAACGAAGAAGAGUCUAUAAAGAGAGCAGAAUUUCAAACCAUUGGUUGGUAAUAUUGAGUGUCUAUGGACUUUUUCUCCUAUUAUUUCUCCAUCUAUUGUGCACGCUUUGGGUGCGAAAUGGUUUCCAGCGUUUGGGACGGGGUUGCAAGUAUCUGCCGCUGUGAUUGAAAAAAAGGAAAACCGCAGUACUAUUUACUUUUUUUUACUUUUUAUUUAAUUUUGCAUUUAAAGUUGCAGAGUAGUUUUUUUUGACACCGUACAUUUCAGUUAUACCUGCAGCGCUAUCAUACUGUUUCUCAUGAACACUAGACGUUCGAAGGCCGAUAUACUCUAAAUUCGAGAUUUCCUAUUUUAAGCAAAAAAUUUAAAACAAACCAUAGAAUAAGAUUUUGUUCUCGUAAAUUCAAACUGCCUGUUUAAAUUACAGAAAAAAGAGGUCUUAUCCUAUGAUUAGUUUUAAAUUUUUCGCGUAAAAUAAGAAAACUUCUUCUUAAAUGAAGAGAUUCGGAGCAAUCUCGAAUUUAGAGUGAUUGGCGCUAACCCGGCGUUGAAUUUUAAUGUGGGUUUCUUUUUCUUUUGAUCAAGAGCAUUUCCUCGGAUAGAGUUUUCUAUUCUUUUUAGGGUAUCUAAUCAUCAAAUUGUAGACGAAAAGAAUUAAACUGAAUUUGCUUUGUCAGUUUUUAUAUCUGAAUUCAAAUUUGGCACUAACCCUGGGUUACCUUAAUUAACCCAGCUUUGAACAACACCGCCCUCUGUACAUAGUCUCCCUCGCAUCCAAACACCCUGUACAGGGUAUGCAUAAUAAAAUGUUUGGGUGGAUGGAGAUAUUUUGCAGAAGAAUGAGACAUACAGUGCAAGUCAUGAGGGAUUGUUGGAAGUAUCAUCAGGGUAAGGAACAAAUUACUGGUGGUCAGGAAUGGGGAUUGAAGCUGCAAUAAGUCAAAGAAUUUGGUUCCUGAUGUAGACUACCAUUUGCGAGAUUGGGCCAAAAGUGGCAAUGUGGAAGGGUUUUAUAAAGUCAGGCUGAACACCAAAACUAAAAAACUUAGGCCAAAUUCAUGUUGCACUUCUGCCAUGCUAAACUUAAUUCUUGUCGGCCUUGAGUGAAGUUGGACAAAUGCACGGCAGAACCUCAGCAUCUGAAUCAAGUCUUUAAUUUGGUUUGACAGGCAAUUGAGUUCAACAAGGUUUGCCAUGCUACAUAACUCUGGCAGGGCAGUGAUUCAAACGUUGUACUUAUGCGGUGUCGGGCCUUACAGAGUUUUCCCUCAAGCUGCAAAGAAAAUUAAAAGUAGACAGACUGCAAAUUAUAUUAGUUGCUAAAAAACAUAUAUCUACGUGUCGCAACUGUUCAUCAGUAGGAUGCCUAAAAUGCGUGCAAUUCCACAUUGGUUUCGGCUCCAUUAAAUUCUGCCUAGCCACUGAUUUCUGAUUGACUUUCUUAGUUUAAAUAUUUUGCAUAUUCUAUAUGUAGUGAGAGUAUUUGAUCGCUGGACGUGCAACCAAACUUGUUUUAAUGCUGCCAGAGCCCUUAAACCGCUCAACAAUGGUGAAGCCAAGACUCCUCAUUCUGUUGAAUUUCCACCGGGCACUACAGUACCUGGAUGCGACUUCUGUAGUCCAUUGGACUACACUGCUGCUGGUGAGUUAUUUUCUUGACUGCUUUCACACCUACAAUCAAUUGGGUAUCUUUGGAGAACAAAACACCCCUCCCCUCUUCCUGCCAUUUAAAUUUGGGUGUUGGCAGGGUUGUCAAAAGUAGCUGGCUGCUGGUGAAAAUGGCCACCCACUUGGUUAGUAUCGGCUGGCUACUCUGAUUGGCAUUUCUUUGUGGAUGGUGUUUUUUAAAUAAAAUAUCCCUGGGCUGGCCACAUACUUUGACAACUCAGCCAUUUACUUCAAAACUUUCUGACGACCCUGUGUUGGUAGCCCAAACAACGGUAUAACAUUUAAUGGAGGGGUGGGGAUGGAAAGCUCUGGGGCAGCUAGUGACUUUUUUCUGUAAAAUAACCCUUCGAAGCAGCAAAUAUUGCUUAGAAAUUUCUUGAGCUUGAGAAAAGCUAAAAACUUUAAGAUAACCGUUCCAUUCAUCUAAAAUAUUUGGAGGUUUCCUAAUAGCUUAACUAUGAUUUUCGGAGGUUAUGUUAUUCACAUUUUAAUAGCCAGAUAUUGCGAUUAUUGUUAAAAAAAGUCUGAAUCCUAAAAUUUUUGGUAUAAAGACAAAACGUUUCCUGUAAUUUUCAAAUGAAAGCAAGGCUACUUGUCCUCAAACUUUUGACUGGACCCAUAAGGAUAGCUAACACUUUUGGAUGAGAUGAAAAAGCCACUUAAGACUUUCAUGACAACCAAGGUUCCCCUAAGACAUCCAAACAGAUAAAUAGUUUUUAGGGCAACUCCAAAUUAACCAAACAGGCUUCUAAUCACUGCAAAAGCCAUUUGAGACCCUUCUGGUAUACAGUCAAACCUCCCGUAAGCAACCACCCAAAAUGCAAAGACUGAGUGGUUGCUUACGGGAGGUGGUCAUUUACAAGAAUUGAACCACAGGGGGCCUUCUCCGAGAAGAGUUCCAGGCACAUCUGCUUUAUGGAAGAUAAUUUAUGGCAUGCAAGUCUAAGUUACUACAUAUGUGGUUCCAUGUUGUCACUAAAGUUCUUCGUAUAUUCUAAGUAGCAUAGUGCACACAGUGCACACAGCAAACAUAGAGAUCAGAGAAUGCUUCAAGUGGUCGCCUACAAGAGGUUAAAAAAUGGAAAAUCACUAACCGUCAGGCCCAAAAAGUGGUCGCGGUUGCUUACAGGAGGUGGUCUUUUACGAGAGGUUACCACUGUAAGGCUUUGACUGGGAAAAUUUUAGUGUUUUGGAUUGGCAGUUGUUUAUGGGAGGUGGUCGAUUAUGAGAGGUGGUCACCCCUGAAAGCUUUCUUUUCCCCUUUUUAAGGAGGCAAAACAUCAGAGCGGCUCUUUAGGGCAAAGUGUCUCGACUAAUUUUGUCGCCGGUUGUCUAAAUCAAAAUCUAGGUGCUGUCUGCCCUGUUAGCACACUAACUGAUUUUAACUAACUUUUUAUGUUUUCUUUCUAAACAUAUUUUCCUUACAUUUUAUCUUUCCAGAUCUUUGGGGUCGUUUGGAAAAUGAAAGUGGUUUGACAGCAUCUAAUGUUGCCAAAUAUGACGCCCUACACAGUAUGGUUGUGUUCAAAGAACAUUCUCCAAGUCACUGGAACAAGGUACAACUUGAGUUGACACCAUCUGGGCCUGACAUCGUGUAGCGAAGGCCUCAUUACCAUAUGCCACAUGACGAGAGGCCACCCAAGCAGUCAUGACUCUAUGAAACUUUUGUUUGCAUUUUGAUAUCCCCGAAACAUUUCUAAUGGGUCACGAGGUCAAGUUUUUGCAUUUGUCUUUUUGUUUUGGGGCUUCACACCUUUAAUUUGAAGCAAGGUCCCUGCCAGGUCUUUGAGUUUACCAUAAACUCUCUCUCAUGAGCUGGGUGGGUAAUGAAGGGGUUGAUAUCAGUUGGGACAUAAGUCCUGUUUCACCCCCUUUCAGCAUGUUGAGUCACCAUGGUGAAUUCAGUAAAUUAAAAUCAUGAAUACAAAUAUGUGCCAUUGUAAGGGUUAUGGUUUAAAAUCAUUUGGAGGUGUUAAAAAAUGCUUAGGCCUGGUCCACAGACAAGGCUGGGGUGGGAAGGAGCCACUCACUUUAAGUUAUAUACACUGUAGAGGUAUGUCCAUUGCCACGGAGGAUGGUGUUGUCUCUUUUGGUCUGAAGUUGGGUAUGUUUUAAUUUUCUUUUGAUGAAAUUCAUUUGGCUAUAUAGAUUUGUGAAAAUGUUUUUUCUUUUCAGGGGAAGCUUCAUGAUAUGCUAGACUUGUGUACUGAGUGGUUUGAAAUUACACAUAAGAAUCACCCUCAGGCCAUCUAUCCAAUCUUGAAUUGGAAUUGCCGUGCACGGGCAGGUGCGUCACAACACCAUGGUCAUUCCCACAUGUUACUGGCAGAAAACUUUCACUACGGUCAGUGGGAGCGCCUACAACAAGCUGCCAAGAUGUAUUCUCUAGAAUAUCCUGAAUUUAACUACUUUGAUGACUUAGUGAGUGCCCACAGAAACUUGAGACUAGCAAAAACCUUUGGUGGCGCUUGUGUGUUUACCCAUUUGGCACCAUAUUGUGGUUAUGAAUUCAAGGUUAUCUCUUGGAACUUUGACGAUGAUUUUAAACUAGCAAUCAAUGAGGCAGUUGAAGCUCUUAUUCACAAGUUUGGUUCUGAGUGCUUCAACUUGUGCAUUCACUUUCCUCCCUUUCGCAAUGGACAACUUCGGCAAUGUGCACCGGUGGAGGAAAUCAAAAAUAGCUACCUGGAGACUGGUGAUGUACCCAUGCCAUUUAUGGCUCAUCUGGUUGACCGAGGCGGUGUGAAAAGUUCGUCAUCUGAUGUUUGUGGCAUGAGAAUUUAUGGAAGUGCGAUAGUUAAUGAAGAUCCUUUUUCAAUAGCCCAACAGUUGGGGUGGCUAGUUUGA